CUUCCGGCCUCUCACAUCCGCCCUGAGAGCGUGGUGGACAGCGACGGCUGGGAAUCCACCCACUCGGAUCUGCACACCAUCGAGACCUUCGUGAAGAAGGCCAAGUCUUCGAAAAAGAAAGCCGCCUUCCGACGCCUCAAGUCCGACAGCUCGCUGCUGGAGAAAAUGAAACUCAAGGACUCCCUUUUUGACUUGGACCCGGUGGGCAAGCAGCCGCCCCCUCCGCCGCCCCUGGCCGGCCCCAAGGGGGGAGGGCUGGACAAGAAGAAAGAGAAGCGCAACCACCGGAAGGCCGCCUUGGAGGCCGGCGGCGGGGUCAAGCGGAACCGGGUCAGCGACCCCGUCGGGGAGAAGCGCUCGCGUAUCAAGAAGAGCAAGAAGCGGAAGUUGAAAAAGGCCGAACGCAGCGAGGCGGCGGUGGGGGCCCUGCGGCCGGGAGGGGAGGAGGGCGCGGCGGUGGCGGCCACGGCGCUGGUCUCUGUGCAAGGCCCCCCCGAGCUCUUAGCGGCCAGUUUCCCCCUAAAACUCGAGGACACGGAAGGGAAGGAGGGCAUCAGCACGGAGACCAGCCAAGACGGGGAAGGCAGCUCCAGCGAAGGCGAGAUGAGGGUGAUGGACGAGGACAUCAUGGUGGAAUCAGGGGACGAUUCGUGGGACCUCAUCACUUGUUACUGCCAGAAGCCCUUCGCCGGCCGGCCCAUGAUCGAGUGUAAUCAGUGCGGCACCUGGAUCCACCUCUCAUGCGCCAAGAUCAAGAAGACCAACGUCCCCGACAUCUUCUACUGUCAGAAAUGCAAAGAAGCUUCCCGGAAGCAUCCUCUCCCGCCGGCCGUUCCCAGCACGACUGCUGCCGUGGCCUCCAGGGGAAGUGGGGAGCCCUAACGCCCCGGCUGGGUGGGGGGAAAAGAGACAGCUCCGUGGCGGGGGUGGGUUUCCAUGCCACAGGAGGGCACGGAAGAGAUUC